AUGAUGUCCUACACAGAGAAAGCUUCGAUCUUUGGGCACGGUAGCGAGAUAGCAAACAAGCUCAAAGGAUCAACACCACACGACGAGCUACUGAUCCAGAUUUCUCAAUCGUUCUCUGUGAUUCUCUAUGUGCGUAUGGCUCUAUGGAGUGUUAUGUUUGAGUGGAAGAUUGAAGAUCUUUCUUUUGAAUCUCCCAGGCAAGCCCUUGGAGACAUUGCUUUAGCUGUCUCUUGGUCUAGACCUACCUCUCUGCAUUGUUGGUGUUCUAGUCUUAUCGGAGACUAUUGUUCGGGUGGUUGUUCUCCUAUGCCGCCGAGUUCGUUUGGUUUUGAAGCAUCUACUUCUGCUUGGGUUAAGGAUUGGUUAGAGGCUGGUUUAGUCUUCGUAACGAGUAAGUUAUGCGUUACUACUUACUGA